GUGAAGAGAAGACAUUCCAAACAAUUAUCCUAUUUUUAACAUAACAAUUUUUAUCGUUUACAGUAAAUAUAUUUUAAAAUAUACAUUAUUGACGCAUCUAUAUUACAGUGAAGAAUAAUUUAGUGAUAAAAGUGAGUUGAAAAAAUUUAUAGAAUUGAUAAAAAAAAAAAAAAAAGAAAGAAAAGAUUAUUUUGAUAGUUCUUCUGUUUCUCGUGGCGCUGCAUCAUGAAAAGAUGACGUAGUGCGUGCAUUGCAUUCGCACAGUAAUCAUAUCAGUGCUCGGUCUACUGUAUUUUUCGCGUCCUUUCAUCUAAACAAAAAUUGUAUUUAUUGGAAAAAAAAGUGCCGGUAAUAAAUAAUUGAUUUACAUUAAGAAAAUUAUUAGUGACAGUGCACUCAUCUUUAAAGCCUUUUUUGGAUCACGACGCUAGAAAACUUUGGGUGAGGUCUUUUCGCCGCUCCGUUUUCAUAUAUAUGACGCCUGACAAUUGUUUUGGAUUUCAUAAAAUACGAAUCUUCAUUGUCUGAGGAAUCACGGGAAAAAACUUACUAGGAAAAAGUUCCAAGGGAAUUUAAUCUUGAAGGAUUCAAGUGGAAAAGUUCGGCAUCCGAAUUUUCGGAUUCUGAGGAGUCAAAUGACUUGGAGGCGACUCUAAGUACCGAUUUAUACGUGAUGGACAACGAGGACGGAGCUGGAAAGCAGCAAAGAGCUACACGUGUCUUUAAAAAAUCCAGUCCAAAUGGCAAAAUUACUGUUUACAUUGGGAAAAGAGAUUUUGUGGAUCACAUAACCAGCGUUGAUCCAAUUGAUGGAGUUGUACUAAUAGAUCCUGAUUAUGUAAAGGAUCGAAAGGUAUUUGGCCAUGUUUUGGCCAUGUUUAAAUAUGGAAGGGAGGAUUUGGACGUUUUGGGUCUUUCGUUCAAGAAGGAUCUUUAUGUUGCUGUCGAUCAAAUUUAUCCAGUUGUCUCUACAACCGAACCACCGAGACCAUUGACGAGGUUGCAAGAUCGUCUUCUUAGGAAAUUAGGAAUUAAUGCAUAUCCCUUUUAUUUUGAAUUACCACCACAUUAUCCAGCCUCUGUCACGCUACAACCCGCACCAGGUGACACUGGUAAACCAUGUGGCGUUGAUUAUGAAUUAAUGGCUUUUGUUGGGGAAUCGCAAGAUUGCAAAAUAAAACCACGCAACUCGGUAAAACUUGCAAUACGAAAAAUAAUGUACGCUCCGUCCAGACAAGGUGAACAGCCAUCGACCGAAGUUAGCAGAGAAUUUUUAAUGUCGCCAAGCAGGUUACAUAUGGAGGUAUCACUCGAUAAGGAGCUCUAUCAUCAUGGUGAAACAAUUUCUGUUAAUGUUUACAUUGCUAAUAACAGCAAUCGAACUGUGAAAAAAAUUAAGGUGUCAGUGAGACAAAUCGCCGACAUUUGUCUUUUUUCCACGGCGACCUACAAAUGUACUGUUGCGGAAGUUGAAAGCGAGGAGGGUUGCCCAGUUGGUCCAGGAUUCACGCUGAGCAAAGUGUUUUCCCUGAGACCUCUUCUUGCCAACAACAAAAACAAAUUUGGGCUUGCCCUCGACGGCCAGCUCAAGCACGAAGACACCAAUUUGGCGUCCAGCACGCUUUUGACAGAUUCGUCUCAACGCGAGAACCUUGGAAUUAUCGUUCAAUAUAAAGUCAAAGUAAAACUUUGUCUUGGAGCAUUAGGAGGGGAAUUGGUUGCUGAAUUGCCAUUCACUCUAAUGCAUCCAAAACCAGAAGAGGAAGAACCAGAGAGGAUAGUUGUGGAACCUCCAAGUCCUGUACAUAACAACAAUGCAAAUAAUAAAGACGAGAACCUGAUUCAGUUGGACGCUGAAGUGGGAGGAGACGACGAUAUAAUAUUUGAAGAUUUCGCGCGUCUAAGGUUGAAAGGAGAAGGUGAUGCUUGACCAAACCAACAGAACGGUUGUACCUGUACUGCACGAUAAAUCGUGUGUUUUCUCUUUUGCAUUAAUACAAAGAAAAAAAAACACCUCGAUAUUCAAAUUCAACGACUGUGGAGAAAACUGGUCUGAAAAACUCAGAGUUCGCCACAAAUUCAGGUAAUCAAAUCCAUAUUCAAGGCAAAAAAAAAAAAAAAAAAAAAAAAGGUUGACAUAAUUGUAAACCUUUUAAUUAUAAACUUAUAUAAUGACAAAACAAUCCAAAAUAAUAAUUUGUAUUCACCAUCAUCGUGAAUACAUUUUAUCAAGGAUUCUCGAACUAGACUUGUUAAGGGGGUAGUCUAGUGUUACGAUGCCUUUUUGGGAGCUUAUUUCAGGAUUUUUUUUUAUUACAAAAAAAAAAAUUAUCACACCAAAUCUUUUUACUUUGUUUUAUUCUAAUCAUGAAGUGUUGAAAAAAAUUAUAAUCGAUUAUUUUUUACUAGAUUUUGUUAUUUACAUUUAAUAUUAAUGUUUAUAACAAAAAAAUGCUGGCGCAGAUGAUUUACAAAAAUCUAUCCGACCGAUUGCUCCAAUUUUUUUUACAGCUUAUUCUUAGCCCGUACUAGAAUAAAACAUUUUUUUAAAUAAAUAACCAAAUAGCGGACUAUAUAAGCAAAAAGAUUCAAAAAUUGUCUCUUUUUUAUUGACAAAAAAUUAAAAAUAAAAAAAAGUUAUCAUUAAAAUUGCGUAAUUCUAGUACGGGCUACAGCCAUACUUCUGUAAAAUAAGCUAAAAAAAAGUAAAGCAUCGGUUGAACAGAUUUUUGUAAAUCACCUGCGCCAGCAUUUUUUUGAUAUAAACAUUAAUAUUCAAUAUAAAUAACAAUGUCUAGUAAAAAAUAAUCGAUUAUAAUUUUUUUCAACACUUCAUAAGGAAAAUAAAACGUUGUAAAAAGAUUUGGUGUAAUUACAUUUUAUUUUAUAA